GCGCUUCCCCCUCGCCGGGGUAUGCGAGAGCGCUGCCGGCCGCGGGGCCGACGAGAAGCGGGCGGCGGCGGCCGGAGAGCGGGCGGGGCGGCGGUGUCGCCCCCGAGGGAGCAGCGCGGGGCCCCGGCGGCGGGCGGCGGCGGCGGCAGGCGGGCGAUGGAGGAAGGGGCAGCAGACCUGCGACAGAGGAGGAAACAAAACUGCACAGAAUCUGACAAAAUGGCUCCAGAGGAGAGAAACAAAGAAAACUCGAAGCUGGGAAGAUCGCCAAAAUAUUUGUUAAUUCAACGGUUUGCGAAACUUUUCUUUGGCUGUCUCGCGGCAGUCACUAGUGGAAUGAUGUACGCUGUGUACCUCUCAACGUACCACGAACGGAAAUUCUGGUUUUCCAGCAGGCAGGAACUUGAACGAGAAAUUACAUUUCAGGGUGACAGCGCCAUUUAUUACUCAUUCUAUAAAGAACUGCUAAAGGCUCCUUCCUUUGAAAGAGGUGUUUAUGAGUUGACACACAACAAUAAGACAAUAUCACUGAAGACGAUAAAUGCAGUCCAGCAAAUGACUUUGUACCCAGAACUGAUUGCCAGUGUGUUGUAUCAAGCAUCUGGUAGUGAAGAAGUUAUUGAGCCAGUGUAUUUCUACAUUGGUAUAGUUUUUGGACUGCAGGGAAUUUAUGUGACUGCAUUGUUUGUAACCAGUUGGGUUAUGAGUGGGACUUGGCUGGCAGGAAUGCUGACUGUAGCAUGGUUCAUUAUUAACAGGACAGAUACAACAAGAAUUGAUUACUCCAUACCAUCAAGGGAAAAUUGGGCUUUGCCAUAUUUUGCAUGUCAAGUAGCAGCUCUCACAGGCUAUUUAAAAAAAAACCUAAAUUGUUCUGCAGAGAAGUUUUGUUACCUUUUGGUGAGUGCUUCAACAUACACCUUCAUGAUGAUGUGGGAGUACAGUCAUUAUCUCCUGUUUGUCCAGGCCGUGUCUCUUUUUCUGCUUGACAGCUUUGCUCUAGCACAGACAGAAAAGGUGCAUGAAGUAUACAAAAUCUACUUGUUUUCUCUCCUCUUGGGGUACCUAUUGCAGUUUGAAAAUUCAGCCUUACUAGUGUCACCGCUACUAAGUCUUGUUGCAGCUCUAAUGCUCUCUAAAUGCCUUCAGAUGAAUAUGAAGAAAGGUACAUUUUUAUCAAGACUGCUGAAAAUUAUGUACAUUUAUUUGGUAGUCACAAUAACACUGACACUAAACUUCUUAUUAAAGAUGUUUGUUCCUCAUAAAGAAAAUGAGCAUUUGCUGAAAUUCCUUGAAGUAAAACUUGGCUUAAACACAACUAAGAAUUUUACAAUGAAUUGGCUCCUUUGUCAAGAAUCUCUUCAGGCACCAUCCCAAGACUUUUUUUUGCGGCUAACACAGUCAUCACUGUUGCCUUUCUAUAUUUUAGUAUUAAUUAUCUGCCUUUUUUCUGUAACUCAGGUCAUUUUUAGGAGAAUUUGUGGUGAACCACUGAAAGAGACAGUUAAACUUGAGGAUGGUCGAAUUGGAGAGAGGCCAGAAAUAGUUUAUCAUGUAAUUCACACAAUUUUACUUGGUUCUCUAGCGAUGUGUUUGGAAGGAAUGAAAUAUCUAUGGACUCCAUAUGUUUGCAUGCUUGCUGCAUUUGGUGUGUGCUCUCCUGAACUUUGGAUGACACUCUUCAAGUGGCUUCGUCUGAAAGCUGUGCACCCGAUACUGCUGGCUCUCAUUCUGAGUAUGGCAGUUCCCACAAUAAUUGGAUUCAGCUUGUGGAAAGAGUUUUUCCCUAGGAUAAUGUCUGAGCUUUCAGAAAUACAAGAAUUUUAUGAUCCUGACACAGUAGAACUCAUGACAUGGAUAAAAAGGCAGGCUCCUGUGGCUGCUGUGUUUGCAGGCAGCCCACAAUUAAUGGGUGUGAUUAAGCUCUGUACUGGAUGGAUGGUGUCAAGCUUGCCUAUAUAUAAUGAUGAUGAUCUUCUAAAAAGAAAUGAAAACAUUUAUCAGAUAUAUUCAAAGAGGUCGGCAGAGGAUAUUUAUAAGAUACUCACCUCUUACAAAGCCAAUUUUCUGAUUAUUGAAGAUUCAAUUUGCAAUGAAGUGGGACCUGUAAGAGGAUGUAGAGUUAAAGAUCUGCUGGAUAUUGCUAAUGGUCAUGUGGUUUGUGAGGAAGGUGACAGUUAUGCCUACUCAAAAUAUGGACGAUUUUGUCAUGAAAUCAAAAUGAACUAUUCUCCAUAUGUGAAUUAUUUUACUCGGGUGUACUGGAAUAGAUCCUACUUUGUGUAUAGAAUCAACACUGUGAUAUCCUUCCAGUCAUGAAAAAGCAUGCAACCUUCUUUCUGAGGAUUGAUUAUGAAUGGGAUCCAGUUGGAAGAGUUCCUUUUGCUCAAGGAAGUUAUUUUUGCAGUUACAUGUGGGCACAAACAGUGUAUUGACAACUUUAUUUCACCAAACUGGAACUGUUUGAACUACAGACCAACAGAUACAGAUACCAUCCUUGAAGAAAACAGGAAAAUUUGUCAAUUUUACAGUCUCUACAAGAAAGCGUGACAGUCUUCCUUGUUCUUGCAUUUGUCUUCCCAUUAUAAAUCAUCUUAAUCUUCAUCUAACUGAGAUUUCUAACUUUAGUGUUAGACUGUUGAUGUGGGUAGACUUUGGAAAAUGCAGAAAAGUUAUGUUAAAGACCUCAUUUAAGUCAUAUAUCUUUUAUUGUCUAGCAAGAAAGCGGUAUCCCGAGUCUUCAAGUAAGUGUUUGGGUUUGAUUUUUUUUCUUUUGUUAGUCUGUUUUUUUUAUUCAUCCUGUUUCCCACUGUAAACAUUGCUAUGUUUAUCAAACACAUUCGUACAUCUUACGUGUAUAUACGGAGUUUGUAUAAAUCAAAUAAGGAAGAACUUUAUUUAAACAACACCUGCAUAGGUUAAGGCACUGAUCUCUGUGUUGUUGGAGACAUGCUGGUGGAAGUGCUUGGACUUAGACCUAGCUGGAGAGGUUGACAAAGUCAGAUCUUCAGUUUGGAAAGAACUCGUCUUCAGGAUUUUUCCAUGCUUAAGUAUGUCUGUGUGUGUGCGUAUGUGUGUCUUAGGAGCCAUCAGAAUGGGCCAGUACACAACAGCGUGCUGUACUUGUUGUUAGACAAGUGUAGCAGGACACCUAGGUUUGCUACUGAGACUUCUGCACUUCUCUUUCACUCCCUCUGUGUGUGAGCUGCUGUGUGUAUGUGUGUGUGUGUGCAUCCUCUGUGUGAGGAGGGAUGGAAGAUACUCACUUCAUUCAACUUACAUCUUUUUUUGUCAUAUUACAGUAGUGCCAUAACCGUAACUUUAAACGCUAUCUUCACCACCACUGAUAAGCAAAGGUACAGUAGUCCAUAGCUGUUUUUACAUCGAUUAUGCAACUACACUGGGAUCUUUGAAAAUACCUGAAAGUACUGUGCAGCCUUGCUUCCCUCCAAAUUUUGUCUUUCCUAUAUGACCCCACGAAUUACCUGUUCAUCCUGUUUGGUUUGUUGCUAGCUGAUGUACUUUCAAGAGAACGAAUGAUGCUUUAACUCCAGCUCUGGGCCUAGUCCUGGUGUUACAAAUGGAAAACCCAACAGAAGGUAAUGGUAACCUUGCUUAUGUAGAUGUAGCUGGGCAGAAAGCCAGGGCUUAAGUUUUGGAAGAGAUUAUUCAUCCGUCAGGAGCUGCCUGCAGUUAGGUAUUCUUGUAACACCUGGCCCAGAGACCAGUCUUUCAGGCACGUGGAAGUGAUUCUUUGGAAUCCAGAAGUCCUUAAUGAAACAGCUGGCAAAAUGGGAUGAAUCUUCAACUGAAAAAUCUGUAAACCAUUCUGCAAACGAAAGCUGCAAAGUUCUCCCUACUGCAUUUGUUAAUAAAAUGCGACUUCAGAGAUUUUGACUCUGACAUUAUUAGGAAUUGCAACAUGUUGGUGUAAAUGCAUGAUUUCUCUCUGCUCUAUGCAGAUACGUUUGUUUACACUAAGAGGUAGUGCUGAGGUUCUUUUAAAAUCUGUUAUCACUAUUGGAGUGAUUUAAAAGAGAAAAGCUUUAUUGUUGUAAAUGUCAACAUGCCUGUAAUCUGGUUUUUACUUUCAGUCAUAUUUUUAGGUCUGUGAGUCAGAUGAAUCCAUUAAAAGUACGGAUGUGAUCACUGAGAGAAACGUUUGUCAGUGUAACUGAGUUACAGGUUAAAAGUAAAUAUCCUUUUUGGGGAUACAGUCACUGUGUUGAGGAUAGCCCGUUUGCCUCUCUGGCCAAAUGCAGUCUGCAUUUAUUUGCUCUUGCACGAGUGCAUUUGUUUUACCGCACUGGACUGUUUCAGACUUCAAUUAGAAUAUCAAAACAGAAGCUAGUGUAUUAGCUUUAGCUAUAGCAGGCAUGCAGAAGCCUUCUCUGUAUGUGCUAUAGGUUUCAUAUAUGGCAGUAAUUUUAGAGUUCCAUAUAUAAUUUGAGCUUGUUUGAAUUCCUGUCAGGAAUUACAUGUCUGUGUGUCAGUCGUUUGCUCUCCUGAAGUUGAUCGUUCACGAAUACCAUUUCAUAACAGCAAUAAGGCAUUCCAGGUAGCAAGUUUCAGGGUUACAGUUGCACUUGGGUGGAUGAAGCCGAUUUGCUGCUGGCUUCAUGCCUUACGAUGCCAUGCCAAGAUGCAAUGCUCAACUACCCUGGACUGCCUGUUGUGUUUUACUGCAACGCUGGAUGUGUGUGUGACCACACAGAACGUAGUCUGAAUACUUACACGUAGAGCACAUAUGUUAAGGAAAACACAAACGGGGCCAUCUGUACAUCGAAGGAAAGCUUCGUUGUAGCGCAUUGGCCUUUAUACAUGUUUGAAUGAACAUGUUGAACUUUAUUUGAACUGUGACAUAGUUAUUAUUAGUUUUGUCAUAGUUUUAAAGACAUAUUCUUGAUACUUCAAUUGAUUCUGCAGUAGAAGAAUCACAUAAGAUUUUUACCUUGCUUUUUAUAUUAGAGAAAAUUGUAUAGCAGCAUCAUUGGCACAGCGGCCUUAAGUAACAGAGAGGAGCCUUUUACUGGGAGUGACGUUGCUGUCGUCCCAGUCAGAAGGCAUCAUUUUUAAACCAAGUGACUGGAAGAUUCAUAUUUUAUGAAGAAAAUGAUAAGCUUGAAUUUCUUAUCCAGUUAUGGAUUAUCAAAAACAUUGUCUGUUCUAAUCUCUGCCUUCUGUGGGGAAAAAAAAAGAAGCAGUACUUUUCAUGAUAUCCCUCAAAAGGACAACCGUGGGGUGUAAUCACAUCUGACUUGUGCACACAACCCUACCUUGGUCUUCAACCCAGGUCACAGGUUUAAAUCCCUGAGCGGGUCGGGGGAAUGUUUUGCAAGUUUGAUCUGUUUUGCUGUAGAUGUUGCAGUUCAGUUGAAACAUGUGCCUUGCAAGCUUUUAUUAAAAAAAAAAAAAAAAAAAAAAAAAAACAAACUCAGUUGGUGUUUCUCUUUGUGAAGAUUCUUUUUUAAGAAAUUCCUGUCCCUCCAACUUCUAGAGCUUCCAUUGUGUCUUAAUACCCCUGCCUCCAAAGACACUCCUGCAGUAAGUGGGUGCACCUAGGAUGUAUGCCAGCCGUCUUACUAACAACUGUUCAUGGGGAAGAAUAAGAACUUGCAUAGCAAAUUGUGUUCUUAUUUUGCUGGUUUAUUUCUUCCUUUGUGUUUCGAGUUUCUGGUAUGCUUGGUUUUAGAAAACGCCAAAAAUUACCUUGAAAGAAUAAAAUGAACAUAGCAUUUUCAGGCACUUGCCUGUUACCAUUAGACUUGUGGAUUACAGUUUAAUCAGAUCACACUUAAACUGACAUUUACAGUUUUGUCGUAAUCUUUUGUCUUUAAAAGCACUUUUUCACAUACUAAAUUACCACACUUGAACACAGUUGGUAGAUUUGCAAGGAGGUAUUUCAGACUAAUUGAGUAAAGGCUUUCCAGAACAUAAGGGGUUCUGUUCAUAUUAUCAUAAAAACGUUGUUUUCCUUUCUUCCCAAGGAAAUGCAAAUCUUAAAUGCAAUUUCCAUUAUGAGUAGGGCAAGGGAAAAUAAGUAAAUUACUGAUGAAAGAGGGCCACGGUUUAAUGGUUACUGAAAAUUCUUUGAGGAUAUUUGCUCUGGUUGCAUUACUGUUUACUGAAAGGUAAGAGGUUAGGGACCAAAGUUUGUUCUUACCACCUUAUUUCUGAUAAGUCAUUUGCAAACACCCAAGUCGUGUGACCCUUCAUCAGCUUUCCCAUGCAGUUCACGUCAGUAGGAGCUGCAAGAUCUGGACGUAGGGAUUGUAAAAUGUCGUUGAAACACCUUUUAAUGACUGUUAACUAAGUAUAAACUAUCCUUCAACCAAAAGUCUAACAGGAGAAAGCAUAAGCUGUUUGUGUGAGUGUGGAGGUGUGCCUGUUGUAUUUACAUUCAGAGAUGUCUGUUUUGCUGUUGUGUUUUGGAGAUGUCACGAGAAGCUUCUGUUUAUUGCUAGUGGUGGUUGAGUCCGUAAAUCCCCUAUAUGGAUGGACAGAUGGACUCUACUAUGGUAACUAUGGUAUUAAAGAUAAAAGAAAAGCUGAGUUUAUUCCAAUACAAGCAAUAUUUCAUGUGAAGUAAUACCUCAACGUCCGUAUAAUCAUGCCUUUAGUACUCUUUUUAAAACUUCAGAAAGAAAAAGUGAAAAUUUUAAAACAUGCAAUGCAUGUUAUUUUAGUACUCAAUUCUACUUUAUCAGUACAGCUGGAAUAAAAUAUCACCUUUUCCUUGUUGCACUCUUCCUAUGCCAAAUGCAGGGCUAGCUGUGCCUAAAGGUAUUCUGAGUUGUUUGGUACCUCAGCUGGAUGUCUAAAUUUGUAAUUAGGUCUGGCAGUGUUUUUGAUUUCAGCGCAAUUACAUGUACGCAAUCCUGCCUCUCAAGUACCUACUUAUUUGGUGGGAGAGAGGUGGGUGUUUAAUGCCUUCCAAAGUUUCAAACUCUGUUACUUCAGUAAUGCGGAAGAAUUACUGGUGAUGCUGUACUUGUUAAUGGUGACAUUUAGUAGUAGCGUAUGUGGCAUCUGGACAUACUUAUGUGCAGCUAUUUAAUAACAAAUUGAAGGAAUCUGAUUCCUUUCAUCCUGUUUGUUGUCUUGGACAUAUUUUUAUCACAAUGAUGUAUAAAUAGUAAAUAUUUUUCUCUUGUGACAAACUUUUUCUGUGCAAAAAAAAU